CUUGUAUAACUUGACGUUCACAUCUACCAUCGACAACUUUCUUGCAUGACACCGCGGUAUAGCACCUUUCAGCUUGAAGAUAUCGCCCCCUGAGAGCUAUCGGACCCAGGAUCCCAGGAAUGCCUUCCCAGAAGCACGUCAUCUGUGCGAUCUGCCAGGAUGAGCUUAUCGGCGGAUUCGACGACCUGGGCCACGCUCAUACCGUAGUCAGGUUACACAAGUGUGGACACAUGCUCCACCGCUAUUGUGCCAAGGUCUGGUACGAUUCGAAGGCAGACAAACAUCGUAUCCCCGACUGUCCCUGCUGCCAGACGCCCAUCGACGAGCGGCCCGAAAACCUCAAGAUCUGCUUCUUCUCCGGUAACGAUGACAGCGACUCCAAAGUCGAGCCCGUCCCUCCUCAAGAGGUCCUCAAAUCCUUCAACCCUGCGACGAGGCAGAUCUUGGAACUGCUAGCCAUGCUGAAAGAGCUCAGGCCUAGAUUGAUACCGACGGAUAUGCACAAGUACGAUCAAAUGAUCGACGAGGUCAUGUUGGAUGCUUGGCUGGGGAAUCCGGAACCAUCGAGGAUAAGGGAGAUACGGGAAAAGGUUGACAAGGUCGUGGAGAAGGUAGGAGAGAUGUGGGCGGUCGAGGAGACCAAGCGGACCUUCGUGGAGAUGGACAAGUAUCACAAGAAAUGGAAAUACAUAGCCGACAGCUUUAAAAAGACCCGUAAAGCCCGACAAACCUUUGAGAAACUGACUCAAGAACGUAUCAGCCUGAGACAACAGCUCAAGGAACUCUCGAGCGCAAACAAGAAACAGACGGAGGAGACUUUCUGGCAACAUGCCGUCGCUAUCGAGAACGAGAGGACUUUGCACGAGGAAGAGAUGACGGUACAGCGGCAGCAUAGUACGGAAGAGUUGAGGAGGAUCAAUGCCAAAUGGAAGGAGAGGAACGGGUCACUCCAGGCGCAGUUGGAUAGCGUGAAAACUGAGCUGGCAGCUUUGAAAGAAGCACACGGGCAGCAGGAUUCGCGCAUGAAGAUGACGGUGACAAGCUUGAAACGCGAGCUAGCCUCUACGAAAUCUGCUUUGGCUGCCUAUAAGAACAGAUGCAGAGAAUUACAAAAUGGAACCGCCCAGCCGAAACCCACCAAGAUCCCCCGAAACCUCGACGAAUACAUGCGCUCAGAUCUGGCCAGUAGACACGAAGUUAGCGAUUCAGAAGGCGAGGGCCCAACGACAGAUAACGAGUAUAGAGGCCCUAGCGAUACAGAGGGAUCGGGCGCGGAAGAGAACGAGGACUCUUUCGUCAUGAAUCCUUAUCCUCAAGAUCGAUCGCUCAAAUCGCGGGCGAAAUCGACUUCGAAGGCUUCGGAGCCUACCAGACGAGAGAUCAAGGUCAGGACGAAGAGGGUGCACCGAACAUCGAGUGUCUCUUCGACGACUACCACAAGGGAGAUCGGUGAGACGAUCGACGAUGACAGGGUCACCCUAGUCCGCACGUCUCAGACCUGGCGAGAAUCGGUCGAGGUGGAAGGGAACGACAGAACAAAAGAGGGAGCAGCGCGAAACGAGCGAAAAGGCGGAUCUCAGAGCUGGAGGCAAUUUGACAGGGCACAGACGGUCUCUUCCUCUUCCCUCAAGUUUGCAGAGCUAGAAAAGAAGAGACCGACGACGACUAUCACAGAAUCGGAGAAGAGAACCCUACCAGCGAUGACUAUGGACCUAGAUGACCCGUUCGUCAGUAGUCAACCAGCGAUGGCAGGUCCGUCCGUCCCGCUUGCGAGCGGACCUAGGUUCCAGGUGGGCGGGAGCAGGUUAGAGAAGAAGAGGUCGGCAGACGUUUUCCUGGAAGAUUCUGGCCCUGCCAAUAGGGCUCACGGCGAGAAGAGACGGAUCCGCGCAGUACCUCCAAAGCGUUGAAAACGCCGGCGAGGCCAUGCGGGCUUUCGAAUCGAGAGAAGAUCUUCGACGCAAUCCGACUUGGAGGAGAACAGUUCUAGCGAUAUCAAUCGAAUUGCUUUCGUCACGAGAUAGAACUUUCACGACUUUGAUGAUGAAUAGCUUGUGUUCGAACGAUAUACCGGGAUAAGCACGGUGAAGCGCCUCACGGACAAUGCACCAGAAAUGACCUAGAUAGAUUGCUGUACCUAGCUCAAGCGAUACCAGACAGUAAAGUCGAUUGACAGGAGAGUAUCUGUCGGUUCCAGCAUCAUUGCUUUCGUCUUCAUCCCUUUGUUUCUCCAUACAGUCCUCAACACCGGCUUGCCCGACCAGCUGUGCCUGAUGACCCCAUACAGAGAGAUAUGUGAUGAACACGUAUCAAGACUUUGUGUAUUUGGAAGCAAGACAUCAAGGUGCAUCCUGGUGUCGGGGCACAAAA